UGACAACAGCUCCAGUUCAGGGUCAGCUGAUGGGAACUGACUCACCACUUCCCGGACAACAUUUCGACACAUCCAGCCAGAAAGAAGAAUAAAGUGGGUUUAGUUCUUUAAUCAAAUCCGGGAGGACCCGAGCGAGCUGCUGGAUCCGGACUCAGACAGACUCCUGUGUGACUCCAUGCCAGUGGUCCGAGCUCCUCCUGCUCCUCCUGCUGCUCCUCCUGCUCCUGUUCCUGCUCUUCCUGCUCCUCCUCCUCUUCCUCCUCCUCCUCGCCGUGGUGAAGAGUAACCAGAUUAAAGAUGUCCGAUGUGGUGGGGGGGGUUUCCUCCUCGGUCCUCAGGUCUCCUGGGGGGGUUCCCGGCCUGGAAGUCAAACCGGGAGCUCUGGUUCUCCUGCUCUCCGUCACGCUGCUGUUCGGAUUCAGCCCGCUGUGCAUCGCUCGGGGAGGGGGCUGCAGCAGGGACCCACGUUUUAUACAGCCGCAGAAUAAAUGAAGAGACCACUUCAGCAUUCUCAGUUUCUCCUGUUUUAUUUUGUAUAGGUACGUCUUUGAGUUCAAUGAUUGAUUUUAUUUUAUUGUAUUCUAUAAACUACUGGCAGUUUUUCCCCGUGUUGGAGUUCAACACACACUGGACUGGCAGCCGUACAUGUAGAGAUAAAGACUUAAGAGACAUUGGAUGGUCUCCGUAUACAGUAUAUGCUCGUAGUGGAGCAUUUUCACAGCGAGGUAUCAGUAGUUUUGCUGCCCUCGCUGGAGCAGCAGGCGUCAGGUCGAUCGCUGAGCUUUGUCUUGCAGGUUUUAGGCACAGGCUGCUCAGCCUGAUCAGCUGUUUUGCAGGAGGAGUGUUUUUGGCCACCUGUCUUCUGGAGCAGCUGCCGGUGUACCUGCAGAGCAUCACGGAGGCCUUCAGCAGCGCGGGGGUCACCCUCCAGUUCCCUCUGCCUGAGUUCAUCAUGGCGAUGGGUUUCUUCCUGGUUCUGGUUCUGGAGCAGAUCAUCCUGGCCUUCAAGGACCAGCCUCAGAUGGAGGAGAGUUGCGCUCUUUGGCUGCCAAACUCCGGCAUCAACUCCCACCGCCACGGCGUGUCGGAGCAGUCCGGCGGCAGCCACUUCCACGUGGACCUGAGCUCCCAGUCGGCCCUGCGCUCCUUCGUCCUGGUCUUCUCGCUGUCGCUGCACUCCGUGUUGGAGGGGCUGGCAGUGGGGCUGCAGGAGACCUGUGUGGCAAGACAAGUUCUGACUCUUGGGCUGAUGGUCCACAAGAGCAUCAUCUCCUUCAGCCUGGCCUGCACGCUGACGCGGGGCCGGCUGCGGCGCCCCCUGGUGGCCUGCUGCCUGCUGCUGUUUGCCGCCAUGUCGCCGCUGGGCAUCGGCCUGGGAUCGGCGCUCUGGGAGAAGAAGGCGCCCCGACAGCACCGGCUGGCCCGCUGUACGCUGCAGGGACUGGCGGCGGGAAGCUUCCUCUACAUCACCUUCAUGGAGAUCCUCCCGCACGAGCUCGGCUCCGGAGGGAACCGCAUCCCCAAGGUGGCUGCGCUACUUGCUGGCUUCGCCGUGGUCACCGCCGUGCUCUUCAUCAAACUGUAAUCACCCCAGGCAGGAUAGUCUCCACAUACUGACACCGCUUUAUGAUUUCUGAAGUCAAAAGUCUCUACAGUCGUUUUUUCGGCAGCUUUUAUAAGUACCUCUUGACCCCUGAAUCAGUAAUGGUGAUCAGCAGGUCUUACUCUGCACCCUGCAGACAAUGGAAGCAGGACAUGUUGAGUUCAUAUGUUUAAUGCGUGGUUUUAAAUAAUAUCACAUCAUAUUUCUGUCUGAGUUCUGCCUGACCCUGGACUCAAACCAACCGCUGAGGACGGUUGAGAGUGUGUCCGUGUGAAUGUGUGUUGGUUAUUGAACGGAAAUAAAUCAACUGUUUCUCGUCUGCUGGACGGGAGAUGUCCGUCGUCUCACUGCAGCUGAAACGAUCCUCUAUUCUAAAGAGACACAAAGGAAGCUUCAUCUUUAUCUCAAAGUGCUUUGACAGGAUUUCAUGAACAGACAUUUUUUACAUCAAUCAUAAAAAACGUGCCGACAGAUCGCAAUAUGUGUUCGACACUAAUAUCACAGCAAAGAAUUUCAACCAAAGUCAUUUUAAGGACUCUGUUAUUUUUAUCAUGUAUAAAAUGUGUGUGUUCUAUUUUGUAUUAUGAGGAAACGUGAAAGACUGAAUUUACCAAUAAAACUUUAACAGGGA